AUGGUAGUCGCCAAGGUUUUUGAAGCUGCGAAGUGGACUGCAGAAACAGCUUGUGGAGCUGUAAAGGCUGUUGCAGCUACCAAUGCCCCAGUUCCAGCAUCUGAGCUUCACCCACGUAUGAUGGCUAGACCAUGGACUGCCCAGGAAUAUCUUCGUAUGUGGUCAUGGCGCCAUUGCUGGAAGUAUCUUCCAGUAUUCCGUUUUUACAUUUAUUCCGGUGUCAUUCUCUAUGGAGUGUACAAAUUUGUCCUUCCUCUUAAACCUCGCCAUCAUAUCCAGUAUGCCCAAGGAUAUGAGAACCAUCACCACCACGAGGUUGAGCAUUGGUAUGGAAUCAGACAGAAGAACGCAGACAAGGAAUACUUCCACAAGUACAAUCCCCUGAAGAAGGAGGGAGAAGUUGAGGUUGGAGGACACUAA